AUGGCUCCAUCAAUGUCACUAGUCCACUCAGCAAACACACUCAACAUCCUCGAUUUCGUGGUCAACAAAGGCCAUGGAGUCAAAGGUUUAUCAGAAUUAGGACUCAAAACCCUACCUCCCCAAUACAUUCAACCCCCACAAGAACGGUUUGAUCAUGCGAGCAAUGAGGAAGAAAAUAAAGACUCCAUCCCGGUUAUUGAUAUGUCAAACUGGGAUGACCCAAAUGUAGCUAAAGCAGUAUGUGAUGCUGCAUGCAAAUGGGGGUUCUUUCAGAUUGUAAACCAUGGAGUCCCUAUUCAUGUUCUUGAAGAUGUCAAAGAUGCAACUCAUAAGUUUUAUGCGUUGUCAGCAGAAGAAAAGAAUAAGUAUUCUAAAGAAAGAUCGGUUUCAAAUCAUGUUCGUUUUGGUACGAGUUUUACUCCUGAAGCUGAGAAGGCUCUUGAGUGGAAGGAUUAUCUCAGCCUGUUUUUUGUCUCCGAUGAUGAGGCUGCUUCACUUUGGCCUCCUGUGUGCAGGAAUCAAGCAUUGGAAUACAUGAAGAGUUCCGAAUUCAUCGUCAAGAAGCUACUUGAGAUACUAAUGAAAGGACUAAACGUAAAAGAGAUUGAUGAAUCCAAAGAAGCGAUUUUAAUGGGUUCAAAGCGGAUUAACCUCAACUACUACCCCACAUGCCCUACCCCCGAGCUCACAAUCGGUGUGGGCCGUCAUUCAGAUGUAUCCACACUGACUGUACUCCUUCAAGACGAUAUCGGAGGGCUUUACGUACGAAACACUGAGACAUCAAAAUGGGUUCAUGUCCCUCCGGUUGCUGGAUCUUUGGUGAUCAACGUUGGAGAUGCACUUCAAAUUAUGAGCAACGGGAAGUAUAAAAGCAUUGAACAUCGUGUCAUUGCUAAUGGAACAAAUAACAGGAUUUCAGUCCCGAUAUUUGUGAACCCAAGGCCUAGUGAUGUAAUCGGACCAUUGCCUGAAGUGGUUGGGAAUGGAGAGAAAGUGCUUUAUAAGGAUAUUUUGUACUCGGAUUAUGUCAAACAUUUCUUCAGAAAAGCACACGAUGGGAAGGCCACGGUUGAGUUCGCAAUGAUAUAA